AAACAGAUCAAUUGUUAUUUUGCUCAUGAAUGUCCCUAUUUCGGUAGUUGAAGUUUAUUACUUACACUAUAUUGUACUUAUUAAUCAUCUUCUGACAUUAUAAAAAAUGAAACAAUUAUUUAUUUUAAUAUCAUUCGCAUUGGUCGGCCAUGUUUUGGUCGCUAAAUUAGAUGACUAUAUUCAGCAGGUUCUCAUAACAAACGAUGACAUCAAGCAAGCAAAAGAAUUCCUGCCGACAAUAAUUAAAAACAUGGUUGCGAGAUCUGAUGUAUAUGGGAUGGAGGCAAUGGCUUUUAUGUUGGCAGUACCGGAGAAAAUUGAUUGCGUAUUGCAAGCGCCAAAAUUUACUUACCAAGACUCUGAUGAAAGUGAAAACUCAGAUUCUGAUGAAAGUGUAAACCCAGAUUCUGGUGGUAAAAUAAUAAUGCAUUUUGAAGAUAAGUUAGAGUACCAGAAAAUGAUGCAAUCAGCAAUAAGUGAUGUAACGGAACGUAUCGGUUCACCUACAGUAAAAUUAGAAAAUUUAGCCAGUCUUUUAGGAGAGAGAACAAUUCAUCCGACAAGAACUCUAAAAAAUAGAAUCAUCCGUUCAUUUGAUCUGACUUCUUUGGGCAGUGCUAGAAGAGAUAUGACUUUAGAAGCUAUAACAUUGUUAAUACGUCAAGACGAUCCACUUUUCCAGGAUUUGAGGAUGAUGUGUCGUUUAGUAGGAGUAUUUAGAAGCAUUAAAUACCCACGUACAUAUAUACAUAUUGCUGAUCUUGACGAAGACUUUUGCAUUUUAAUAGAUGAAACUUUCGUAGGAGGUCACGUUUAUAAAUUCUUUAAUGGUGAACAUUGGAAGGUAAAAUUAGAAGAUUUUUCUUCAGUUAGGCGUUUUUCUUCUGAGUUUCAAUAA